AUGCCAUCAAACGAAGAAAGUCUACGCAGCAAACACGACCUGACAAAGAGAAGGAGAAAACAGAAGGCCUGCGAUAACUGCCGCCAUAGAAAAGGUGACGGGAUGGUUAUGCCUGGGAAGCGAUGCUCAAACUGCAUUACGUUCGAGCUGGACUGCGCGUAUAUCGACGGAACCCAGGUCAGCCAUUACCGUCUCGCUAGAUUCAGAUAUGUCGAGGACUUGGAGAGGAAGGUCCAGGAAAGGGAGAAAAUUUUACUUCAGGUAAGAUCCUUUACUCGAUCGGUUGCUGCUGAUCCUCCUAUCAUCGCGGCGCAGAUGAUUCCAGACGGCGGGUUCAAUUCAUCACGCUUUACCAGUGGGGCCGGACCUAAGCACCUCAGAGCCUCCGAUCCCGACAAGGAUAUCACCGCUGAGAUCAACAGCAUGUAUCUCCAAGACCCAGACGAGCAAAAAGCUGAAUGGUACAAGGAUAUUAAACUCGGGUGCCGCUUUUUCGGAAAAUCCAGCAGUGCACAGUUUAUCGAGGCGGCGAUGAAGCUCAAACAAGAGUACUCUGGCAAUACACGUGCGGCCCCGCCCUUCUUGUCCUGGAAAAGACCAGAGUUUUGGGAUUCGAAACCACCGGAUCAGAGCAUUCACGCCGAGGUAUGUCACGAUAGCAUGUACGUCUUUCCAGAGGACGACUUGUUUCGAUCCCUGGUCGAUUUGUACUUUGCGCGGGUCAAUAUUCUCGUCCCACUUUUGCACAGACCGACUUUCGAUGCCUUGAUUGCAGACAAGGUGCAUUUGGAAGAUCAGGAAUUCGCCCAAGUGGUGAUGCUCGUGUGUGCGGUGGCAUCGAGGUACUCGGACGAUCCACGCGUUCUGUUCGACGGGCAGCCGCAACUGCGUUCUUGGCAAUCGAGUGGCUGGAAAUGGGUUCAUCAGGUGGUGCGAACCUUCAGGUUCCCAAUGACGUCGUCGACACUGUAUGGCUUGCAGUUCAUCUGUCUGUUUUCGCAGUUCAUGCUUGGCUCUUCAGCCGCUUCUGUCGGUUGGACGUUGGCAGGCAUAGGGCUUCGACUAGCUCAAGAAGCCGGCAUCCAUCAAAGACAGGCGACCGGCUCAACCCCAAACACAGUGGAAGGUGAACUGUGGAAACGUGCAUUCUGGUGUCUUAUGUUUAUCGACCGAGUCGUUAGUUCUCAUCUAGGUCGACCAUGCGCCCUUUACGACGAAGAGACUGAUGUUGAACUUCCAGUGGAAUGCGACGAUCAGUAUUGGAUACCUGCCAAUCCAGAACAAGAGGCAUUCAAACAACCUGCAGGCCAACCGUCUGAUAUCUCAUAUUUCAACUCCUGUUUACGCCUCAGCCGUCUGCUACUAACUUGCCUGCGGACCCUCUAUUUGAUGAAAAAAUCUAAGAUGUGUUUCGGUUUACUUGACCAGGAUUGGGAUCGGCGGGUUGCCGCGGAGCUUGACUCGUCGCUCGAUAGUUGGUUUGAUUCCGUACCUAAGCAUCUCAGAUGGGAUCCAAACCAAGAAAAUUCUAUUCGCUUCAAUCAGUCUGCUUCCCUGUAUAUCCUAUACUUUCAGCUGAGAAUCUUGAUACACCGGCCUUUCAUUAUUUCUUCCUCCAAUAGCUGGGCUCCAAUUCAUAUGUGUUCACUAGUCAUUUGUCUCAACGCCGCCCGCUCAUGCUCCUCCGUCAUCGAUGCCCAGCGUAUUCGAGGGCACAUCUAUCCAAUAUCCGGCUUUAUAGCCUUCAAUGCCGGAGUUGUUCUAUUGUUCAACAUCUGGUACCAGAGACACUUUGAUCAUUCUUUCGAUGCCUCUCAUGAUAUUGACAAUGUACACAAAUGCAUGGAGGCGCUCGAGCACCUCAAUACCUGGUGUGUGCCUCUGGCUCUUAUCUUGACAUCAUCGGAAUUAACUAACGUUCAUUCACUGGUAGAUGGUAUUUUGGCGGCAUUCUGCGGUAUUACCACCGUUGUUCUUCUUUCGUACGGCAUAUAACUGAUGGUGUCGCAACUGAUUAGGAAUAUCCUCCAUGACCUCGCGUCUGUGGGGGACCUCCCAGUGCCUGAUUCUACACUGACGUCUUCUGGCAUGUGGAAUGGAGGUUUCGAUGACCGCGGUUUCGGGCUAUUUACUGAUACUUCCAGUAUCAGCUCAAACGUCAGCGGUUCAAGUGAUGCUUCUUUGUUUACGACUUGGAAUACAGAAUGCCAGCCUCCGCACCCACAGGCGCCUCUGGAUGUCCUACUUGGUAGCGGGGUCAUCAGCUGGUUGGACCCUAGACGGGGGGAUAGCGCGCCUUCCAUGGAGUACGUUUGUUCCCGAAUGUCUUGCUGUUCUUGUUGACGGACGUUAGACUGGGUGACUGGAGCAUGUACCUCUCCAAUCUUCACAACCCCUCAACUUGGUCGUCGUAAUAAUCAAGGACUACUAACUUCGUAUGUGUAUUAUAUAUAGCUACGAAUAUACAGAGUAACAACGCGCUUACCAUCCAAGG